AUGGGAACGUUUACCAGGAGGCCGGUCUAUCCUCCAACUUGUUUCCACGCAGCAAUACUGGGUCACAAUUCUGGUUCAGGCGGCAGUAACCAUGCCCAAGUUAACUGCAAGGAAUGUAACAAGCUGGGCACAGUAUGCCUGUGGGCCAAGUUCCAUCCUGACGUCCAUACCGGCUAUGGUAACCGUGACGAUAACGGUGUUGUUCCGUCAGGAGAAGAUCGCAGGUACAAGCCUGAUGCGGAACCAAGAACAAUCAAUUUUGCGGGUCAAGAGAUUCGCUGGAUCCUGAAGAGGCGCAAAGAGACGCCCGCAGCUCCAGACGAGACUGCCUGGGAUCUUGGGGGCAAGGUUGUGUAA